CAUUAAGAAGAGAAAAUAAACAAAGGAUAGUGCCUGAUUACAAGUUUCAAAUUAUACCUAUGGCAGAAGACAGUACGAAAGGGUUCUCAUCCUCGUCUCCGGAUAAGAAACAUGUGAAAUCACCUGAUUUGAUUGAACGAGCUAAAGAAGAGAUUGAGGCAGUCUUUCAUGCUGGGAAAUCACCUCGUCACCACAAGGAAACCCACGGAACAAGCGAUGACAUUGAUGAUAAGACACCGGUUGAUGAAGUUAAGGGACCGAGUGUAUUUCAUAGAGUGAAGGAAGAGAUUGAAGCUGUUGUGGAAGCAGUUCACCCCAAGAAAUAGUAGAUUGGUUUGAUUACCUUUAGAUUUGGGGGCCGGUCUCUGUUCCUGAGGUGCUCUGAUGAAAUGAAACCGUGAAUAAAGAGGGAAGGUAUUCCGGGGGAUUUCCCUUGAACAAUGUGAUUUUAGCCUUUGAUAUCCUGGCUGAUUCAGAGAUGUUUUACAAAUCUUGCCCUAUAGGUGCAUGAGAGAUGCGUGUUCUUGCGUAGAAAAAACCUCUAUUAUCUGGAGACAUCAUAUUUGAGUCUUUUUUUUUUCCGUCUAUUGCUAUCAUUUGCAUCUACUUUUAUUCUUAGUGUAACCUAUACCAAGGGAGUGACUCAACAGGGUCAUAGUCACGGGCUACUGAAUUU